UGUGUCAUGGUAUCAUUGCACCGUGGUGGUGAGUUUGAAAUUGAAGUUGUGAGAAGCUGCUGCUUUCGCUCUCGGUAUAAUGCGGUUGACUGCAUUUCCAUCUUCAAAAUACAAGAUUUUUGAGGACGAAUAUCGACCACCUAUGAACUUCCUCGGCCGACCAUGGGACUACGGCUACGGCUACGGCGGUCAAAUAUUUCGAGCAACGUCGUCGUAUGACUCUUACUUUUGACCAACGGAGAGCUUGGACUUGGAGGGACAAAAUGGUCAUUACAAGUUGUACUAUACCUGAAACAAAUCCAACGGCCAAUGUUCAAAACAUCCAUCCACGGCUAUAACAGGUGUGGGAUCACGAAUUGGAGGGAACUCAAAAUUUUGGGUGCUGACCUGGCUGCCCUUCUGACCCUUGGAUUAAAAGAAUGGCUGAGAUUAGGAGGGGCUGCUACUACCCCCAAAUCCGUCAGAGAGAGAGAGAGAGAGAGUGAGAGAGAAGUUCAAGCCUGCCAUCCAUGGAAGAAGAAACCAUAGCGAGAGUAAUCGCAGACCUUGAAAAAGUUCACCACCAACAAGCUCCGAUCUCCCACUCAACUCUUCAGGAUCUCCAAUCCCUCUCAGAUUCCUAUGAUUCUUCACUCAUUGAUCAACUCUACGAGCAUCUUGCCGCCAGAAAUCUCUCUCCCUCCUCCUCCCUCCUCGCUCCGAUUUCCGCCGCCAUGGACUCUGGCACCACCAUCGCUCUCUCCCUCUCCGCCUCCAAACUCUACCUUUCCCUCCUGCUCUCCCCGAAUUCGCCUGUCUUCACUCUCUUCACUCCCAUGGCUUUUCUCUCUCUACUUCGCUCUCUGCGACGUUCCCUCAAACCCCGCGCACAGGAAAAGGAAAACCCUCCAGGUGAGAAUCACGCGCCGGUUAAUCAAAGGAGGAAGGGUGGGAAGAGAGGACAGGGUUUGAAAAACAAUUUCAGGGACAUGUGCAGCAAUGGGAACGAAAAUGACGAUGGGGAUGAAGCAGAGAGUGGAAGGUUCGAUGUGAAGGUUUUUUUGGCUGUUCUUGAGAGGUUAGUGUUGGUUAUUGGUUCGAUUCAUCUAGAUAGGUUUCCAGAUAGUUUAAAGGCUGUGAUACAAACCGUGGCUGAAAUGCCGGUGACAUCCGUUGAAAUGCUGGGCAGUUCAAGUAGUUACAACAGAUUACUUGAUUUUUGCUCCCUGAUUUUGAGUGAAGUACUGAAAUGCGAAAAUGGAGGCAAGGGGGAUGCAGCAGGUGAGGUUUUGAAGUCGUUGACGCCGUUGGUUCUAAUGGGUAAGUCACAGGCGAGGACAUUUGCAUUGGGAUUCGUGACAAAGAAAAUGGUGGGUAUUGCCAAGGAGAGUGAUGGAGUGAAGAAAGCGGUUGUGAAUCUUCCAAGGUAUUUGGUGCAUAAGGCGCCAGAGAAGGCAGAGCCCCGGAGUCUAGCAGUUGAGGCAAUGAUGGAGAUAAUUAAAGCUAUGGAUUUCGAGGACCAAAUUGCAUUCGUGGAGUAUGUGGUGAAGAUGACACAGGGGAAGACUAAUUUGAGACUCUUGGCAGUUGACCUUAUUUUGAUGCUAAUGAUGUCUCUGAGUGAUACAUUGGAAUUGGAUUCAGUUUGUGAAACGACAGAAUCUUGGGGCUUGAGUUGCUUGGAGGCAUUGAUUCAGCGUUGUUCAGAUGUGAAUGGAGGAAUCAGAGCUCGUGCUUUGGCAAAUUUGGCUCAGUUGGUGAGUUUUUUAUCAAGUGAUGAUAGGAACAAGGUUAUUUUGAAGGAAGUGAUGGGGUUUGUGGAAGCAAGACAGCAGAUGCAGGAAGGAAGAAUGAAUGAUCUUUUAAGGAAAAGGUGUAUGGAUGAAAAGGCAGCCGUUAGGAAGGCUGCACUUCUCCUGGUCACUAAGUUGACAGCUCUUUUAGAUGGUUCUUUGGACGGAGUUCUGCUCAAAACAAUAGGCAUGGCUUGCUCAGAUCCACUUGUUAGCAUCCGGAAAGCAGCUAUUUCUGCUCUCUCUGAGGCCUUUAAAACAUCCUGCGAUGGGAGUGUGAUUACUGAGUGGCUACAUUCUGUUCCACGUUUGAUCGCUGAUAAUGAAUCUAGUAUUCAAGAAGAAUGUGAGAAGUUGUUUUCAGAACUGGUUUUGGAUCGAGUUUCUUUGGCAAGUGUGUCUGUUCCGGCAGAUAAUGCAUCUGUUUUUUGUGGCUCAAGCGUCAAAGCAAAAAGUUUAGAAAAUAACAUGCGGUCCUUAUUUCCAGAAGGGGUCUUGGUUCUUUUGGAAGAGAUGUGCAAUGGAGAGGUGAUGCCUUGGGUGAAGAAAAUCUGCAAAAGCCUGGGUAAGAAGAAAGGGCUGAAGCCCAAAAUUGUGAUUGCACUACAGAACAUCAUAAAGACGUCUGAAUCUAUCUGGCUGGGCCAUUUGAUGCCAAUAGAGAAGUGGACAGCCCCAGCAGGUGCUUGGUUUCUUCUAUCAGAGGUGUCAACAUACCUCCCAAAAGCAAUUGACUUGGAAUUCCUCUAUUAUCAAUGGAAACUCCUUGACAAGCAUGAAAUCCAAGGUGAACUUAAUGUCCCGCUUGAACAAGUAGAUUUUCAGUACAUGGAUGAAGAUAUAGAAUCUACUUCUGUUGCUUGGACUGGGGAUCGUGUUUUCCUGUUGCAAACAAUUUCUAAUGUUUCUAUGGAGAUGCGCCCAGAACCUGCAGCAGAUUUGGCUCAUAAUUUGCUAAUGCGGAUAGAAGAUUUCAACAUGCAUUCAACUGAGGUUAAUGCUCACGUAAAAGCACUCCGAACUUUAUGCAAUCGUAAAGCUUCAAGUCCUGAGGAGGCUGAAAGGCUUGUCAUGAAAUGGGUGCAUCAGCUUCUCUCUAAAGCCUCUCAAAUUUUGGAAAGUUACAUGUCUGAUGAGUCAAAAAGAAGUAAAGAUAGCAGUCUUUUUACCCCACUGAGAAGAGAGAGUCGAAAAGGCAAGGAAGCAGCAAACAUACCUGGAUUAUUGUCGCAAGCGACAACUGCAGUUUAUACUAUUGGGUCUUUGGUUGUCGUGUGUCCUUCUGCUGAUAUGAACUCUGUUGUUCCAUUAUUACACACAAUCAUCACUUCAGGGAAUGCUGAUCCGAAACUAAAUAAAUUACCAGGCCCUGCAGUUUCUUUCAAACAAAAAGCUCCUUCCUUGCAUAUUCAAGCAUGGUUGACAAUGGGGAAGAUCUGCCUAGCAAAUGGGAAAGUUGCAAAGAGAUAUAUUCCUCUGUUUGUACAGGAGCUUGAAAAGAGUGAUUCUGCCGCCCUUCGCAACAAUCUUGUGGUGAUGAUGGCUGAUUUUUGUGUUCGUUAUACUGCUCUAGUUGAUUGUUAUAUGUCGAAGAUCAGUACGUGUCUUCGUGAUCCAUGUGAACUUGUGAGAAGGCAGACAUUCAUACUGCUCUCAAGAUUGUUACAGAGGGACUAUGUGAAGUGGAGAGGAGUGCUCUUCCUUCGGUUUCUAUUGUCUCUCGUUGAUGAAUCAGAAAAGAUAAGACAACUAGCUGAUUACCUCUUUGGGCAUAUAUUAAAAGCCAAGGCACCACUUUUAGCUUAUAACUGUUUUGUGGAAGCUGUUUUUGUUCUGAACAAUUGCACUACUCACGGAGGACAUGGUAAUUCUAAGGUUUCAAGCAGAGAAAACCGCCUUUUUUCAAUCAGGGGAAAUGACGGAAAUUCAAGGUCGAAAAGAAUGCAGAUAUAUGCUUGUUUGCUGAAACAAAUGGCACCUGAGCACCUGUUAGCAACCUUUGCAAAGUUGUGUGCUGAGAUUCUUGCAGCUGCAUCGGAUGGUAUGCUCAAUAUAGAAGACGUCACCUGCCAGUCUGUUCUACAGUUAUUUCUGUUGAGGGAACAGGAUACCUUUCAAAUUCUUGGCUGCAAUGAGAUCCGAGUUCAGUCCAGCCGUGGACAAUCAACUGAUAUGGGAGACAUAGAGGAUGAAGGUGGAGAUGGUGGAUCAGCUGCAAGAGGAAGGGCCAUAAACCAGGCAGUCAGAAAGGGCAUUAUCCAAAACACUAUCCCCAUUUUCAUAGAGCUAAAAAGAUUAUUGGAGAGCAAAAACAGCCCACUUACAGGUUCUCUCAUGGAUUGCCUCCGAAUUAUUCUCAAGGACUACAAGAGUGAGAUUGAUGACAUACUGGUUGCUGACAAACAGCUUCAAAAAGAGCUCGUUUACGACAUGCAAAAGUAUGAAUCAGCAAAGGCCAGAUCAACUGCUGCGGAAGCUGUUGCCACCGCAAACUCAGGUUCCUAUCGCUCACCUCCUGCUCAUAAGGUUGCAAGUGGAAUGCAUGAGCUGAAUGAUUUGACUGAUAAGUUGCCAAGUGAUUCAAGAGUGGCUUCAGCAAUGGCAGAUGCAGCUGCUGAAGCUACCGUUCGGUCUGUGCUAAGGGAAGUGAGCAAGGGAGCAUCCACACCACCACUUAGCUCCAUUAGCAAGCCUAAACUGAAAUCUUCUCAAGGGGGACAGAGUGGGGGUAGCCAACCCUCUGAUGUCUUGGAGUCUUUGAGGAGAAGACAAUCUUUUAAUUCUGAUGAUGAGAAUUGAUCCUUAGACAUCAGUAUUGAUAAGCUGUAUAGACUGUAGCAUAAUAGCUUAGAAUCAUGUCCUUUUUGUUCCAUGUAAAUACUCGAGUGUUUAGAUCACCCGUCUCUAUCCAAUUCCAAGUGCUUGGCAA